GCUCUUACUCCGUGCCUCAUAACUCCUUCCUUUCCCUCGAAAAUCCGCCAUAUCUUUCGUUAAUUGAUUCACCCUGCUUCUACCACUCAGUGGCCUACGUUUCCUGAUAUUUGCGGUCCGAAACACAUAGAACGCAGCCCUCCCAUAUUACUUGUUUCUCUCUUUUCACCUUCUAUUGGAUUCCGCAGCCAUGUGUGGUAUCUUCGGCUACAUCAACUACCUCGUCGAGAGAGACCGUAAAUAUAUUCUCGACACUUUGCUCAAUGGCCUCUCACGUCUCGAAUAUCGAGGAUAUGACUCUGCAGGUCUCGCAGUUGAUGGUGACAAGAAGAAUGAAGUCUGUGCCUUUAAAGAAGUUGGGAAGGUUGCCAAGUUGAAACAACUCAUCGAGGAAUCCAAACCUGAUCUUACCAAGACAUUUGAGUCCCAUGCUGGUAUCUCUCACACACGUUGGGCUACGCACGGAACGCCCUCCCGUCUUAACUGCCACCCACACAGAUCCGACCCCAACUGGGAGUUCUCUGUAGUUCACAAUGGAAUUAUUACAAACUACAAGGAGCUGAAGGCUCUAUUGGAAAGCAAAGGCUUCCGUUUCGAGACUGAGACAGACACUGAAUGCAUUGCCAAGCUCACAAAGUAUCUGUACGACCAGCAACCGGAUAUUGACUUCACUGUCUUGGCAAAGGCUGUCGUUAAAGAGCUUGCGGGUGCUUUCGGCCUCCUGAUCAAGUCUGUGCACUACCCUCACGAAGUUAUUGCCGCUCGUAAGGGUUCCCCUCUUGUGAUCGGCGUGAGAACUUCCAGGAAAAUGAAGGUGGAUUUCGUGGAUGUGGAAUACUCAGAAGACGUGGCUCUCCCUGCUGAACAGGCUUCCCAAAACGCGGCGAUCAAGAACUCUGCUACCGGUCUUCUCGCCCCUCCUGACAAAUCUCUCCUUCAUCGGUCCCAGUCUCGUGCUUUCCUGUCUGACGACGGAAUUCCCCAGCCAGCUGAAUUCUUCUUGUCAUCUGAUCCUUCCGCUAUUAUCGAGCACACUAAAAAGGUUCUGUACCUUGAAGAUGAUGACAUCGCUCAUAUCCAUGAGGGUCAACUCAACAUUCAUCGCUUGACUAAGGAUGAUGGCACUUCAAACGUCCGUGCUAUCCAGACUAUUGAGCUCGAAUUGCAAGAAAUCAUGAAGGGCAAAUUCGACCAUUUCAUGCAAAAGGAAAUUUUUGAACAGCCUGAAUCCGUAGUGAACACAAUGAGAGGCCGUCUUGAUGUUGCUAACAAGCAAGUUACUUUGGGAGGGCUUCGACAAUACAUCUCAACCAUUCGUCGCUGCCGGAGGAUUAUAUUCAUUGCUUGCGGUACUAGUUACCAUUCGUGCAUGGCAGUUCGUGGAGUGUUCGAAGAGCUCACUGAGAUUCCGAUUGCGGUCGAACUGGCCUCGGACUUUUUGGACAGACAGGCGCCGGUCUUCCGCGACGACACAUGCGUGUUCGUCUCUCAAUCUGGAGAGACUGCGGACUCGCUUAUGGCUCUCCGUUACUGUCUUGAACGUGGAGCUUUAACCGUUGGUAUUGUCAACGUUGUGGGAUCUUCCAUUUCCCUUCUCACACAUUGUGGUGUCCAUAUCAACGCUGGGCCUGAAAUUGGUGUUGCUUCGACCAAGGCAUACACUUCUCAGUUCGUUGCUAUGGUAAUGUUCGCUCUCUCGCUCAGCGAAGACCGAGCUUCAAAGCAGAAGAGACGUGAGGAAAUCAUGGAGGGGCUCUCUAAAAUAUCCGAUCAAUUUAGAGAAAUUCUGAAACUCAACGAGCCCAUCAAGCAGAUGUGCGAGCGCUUUUUCAAAAAUCAGAAGAGCUUGCUUUUGCUGGGCAGGGGUGGCCAAUUCCCUACUGCACUUGAAGGUGCCCUUAAGAUUAAAGAGAUAUCCUAUCUGCACUGUGAAGCCGUCAUGUCCGGUGAACUGAAACACGGUGUUCUAGCUCUUGUUGAUGAAAAUUUGCCCAUCAUUAUGAUUCUUACCCGUGAUGGUCUCUUCACCAAAUCUCUGAAUGCCUACCAGCAAGUCAUCGCUCGGAAUGGCCGCCCGAUUGUGAUUUGCAACAAGGAUGACCCUGAGUUCUCCUCCGCUCAAACAGAGAAAAUUGAGGUACCUAAGACAGUCGAUUGCCUUCAAGGACUUCUCAACGUCAUCCCCCUUCAGUUGAUCUCCUACUGGCUUGCUGUGGGAGAGGGCCUAAACGUUGAUUUCCCACGGAACCUUGCAAAGUCCGUUACCGUCGAGUAAGUCAGCGAGCAGCAGAAAAAGCAUUUUAGAGUUAGCGGGAUUGAGGAUACAGGAAUUGGGCGGUGUUAUUGCCUCUUUGACAUGUUUAUCUUCAUGAGGUUGGAGAAUGCGAACGUAGUAGGCGCGGGGCCUUCGUUAUUUUCUCUUCCUUUUUUUUUUUGAACGCCUGCACUGUUUGUUUGUAUGACACCUCAUAUGUUUAGCCUAGUUUGAUAAUGAUAGGUACCAUGACCAUCAAACAAGAACUUCCAGUGACAACUGUUUUUACAUAAUAA